AUUGAAACGCAGAGAGAAAACGGACUCCAUUUUGUGUCCUUCUCGCUGUGUUUUUAAGAGGCAGUAAGCGGCAAGACAAUCUCUCCGAAGAAAAAACACAGAAAGAUAAACAUCCUACAUUCAGAAUGAGUGGCUGCCGCAUAUUUGUCGGCCGGUUGAACCCGUCCGCCAGAGAGAAGGACGUGGAGAGGUUUUUCAAAGGAUACGGCCGCAUCCGAGACAUCGACCUGAAGAGGGGCUUUGGUUUUGUUGAGUUUGAUGAUCCUAGGGAUGCUGAGGAUGCAGUUUAUGAACUGGAUGGCAAGGAGCUCUGCAAUGAGAGGGUGACCAUUGAGCACGCCCGUGUGCGCCUGCGUGGUGGCCGGGGACGUGGUGGCGACAGAGGAGGUGGUGGAGGCCGCUUCCCAGAUCGCUACGGCCGUGGCUCCCAGGAUAGUCGGAGGACCAACCAACCCAGUGGACAACCGGCAGAUAGGAACCCCCCGCCGAUGCGUACGGAGAACCGUCUCAUCGUGGAGAACCUGUCAUCUCGCGUCAGCUGGCAGGACCUGAAGGAUUUCAUGAGACAGGCUGGGGAAGUCACGUUCGCCGACGCCCACCGCCCCAAGCUCAACGAAGGGGUGGUUGAGUUCGCCUCUUACAGCGAUCUGAAAAACGCCCUUGAGAAGCUGUCUGGCAAGGAGAUCAAUGGAAGGAAGAUCAAGCUGAUUGAGGCAGCAAAGAAGAGGGGUUCCAGGAGUCGUUCCCGCUCCGAGAGCUCUUCUCGUUCCCGCUCCCGUUCUCGUAACCGUUCCCCGUCCCGCUCCAGGACCCCCCGUCGUUCCAGGUCCCACUCCCCCAAAUCCCGCUCCCCCAAGAGGGACUACAACCGCUCUCAUUCUCGUUCCCACAGUGGUUCCCCAGCCCCCCGUGGAGGCGCAGGUGGUGGCGCUGCCCCCGCCUCCCCACCCCCUAGGGCCAAAGAGACCUCCUCUUCCUCUAAACGGCCAUCCAAGCCCAGCAAGUCUGCCUCUCCCCACUCCCCUCCCCCUGCACAGCGUGCACCUUCCAGGUCUCGUUCCAGGUCUCGCGGCUCUCGCUCUCCGUCCACAGACAGCCGCCACUGAGUAUUGAGAACACACUGGAACACCUAACGCAGGAAUACACACAUUUUUAAAUGAACACACACACACUAGUACAUAAAUACACUCACAUUCAGACAAAUGUGAACACACACUAACCCCACUGUUAUAUUAAGACUACAGGGCAGGAACUGUUUUACCCAGCGGUUCUGGCCUGGUGUCCCUGUAUUUUUCCUCAAUGUUUCCUCCCUCCGGCCCCGUCUCUUCUCUUUUGACAUAGCUGACCUUUUGACCUACUAUUGUAUGGUGGGUGUUCUCAGUAAAAGCAUCGCUCUCAAUGUGAACACAACGAGGGCUUUGUUUUCAAUUUGAGCAUUUAGUCUAAAACCUUCAGGGGGUUUGUUGGUUAUGUUUUUGUUCGUAUUUUUACUUGGAAUAAUGGAUGUAAUUCUUGGUAAGGUAUUACAUUUUUUUUUAUAUCAUUCAACGCUCGUGUGGUGAUUCCCCUCUACCGGCUGUUGGUUGUCAGCUCUCAUAUCAUGAACUGUUGAGAAUUCAAGUCCCGUUCCAUGAUGGUUAUGAAUGUGAUUGGCUAAGGUUUUUGGGUUGAACCAUUCUGAUCACAGUGUAGGGGUGGCGUAAAGUAACGGUUUGGGAUUUGAUCAGUUUUUAUGCUGUGAUUAUUUUAUAGAAUGCCAUUUUUCAGUUUGGGGGGGUGUCAGAUUGUGAUCUUUUCUUUGUGGGGGCAGUAAAGAUGUUUUAUCCUCAGUUAAGACACCUUGUGAAAACAUUGGUUGGCUGUGUUAUUGAACCCAUUUGUAUUGAAUGUUUAAACGGAGUGGUUAUCUGUACCUGUACCUCUUCGUUUCUGUAAAGCAUUAUACAUGUUUCCUUUCCGUACACACAACCUAGAGAAUAGUUUGGAAAAUAAAACUUUUUUUAUGCUAAAGCAUGAAGUAUGAUUUCCCCCAGUAUUCGAUAUGAGGGUUAUAUUUGUAUUUAAUUGAAAAAGAACAAGACACAGCAAACGACCAAUGAAAACUGUUUUAAAUAAAGCAUCAAGACAAUUUCUAUGUCAGAACUUGAGAAUAAAGUAAACUUCCACAAAGAA